UGGAGGCAGGGCAUGUGGCUUCAAACAAACAUGUUAAAAGUUCAAUCCCCCCUACAAAAGGACAUCUUCGAUUUAGUAUAUGUGCACAGACUUUAGGGAAAAGCUCUAAUCUGUUAAGCGACCCAGUUUACCAAGAUGCGGACGGCUUUGUGUCUCUGCGUCAUUUUGGCAGUGAUCUGUUCAGGCUUAGGUCAUGAAGGUGACGACCACCACCACGGCAAAGGUCAUGGAAAGGGCAAAGGUCAUGGAGAGAGACAUGGGCACGGACACCAUCAUGGACACAAACAUGAGCACGGGCACCAUCACAGAGACAACGGCAAAAACCUCUCCCAACUUCACCGGUUGGUGAAGUUGGGCAACAGCGAGUUUGCCUUCCGUCUCUACAAGAACCUGACGACUCAGCCCGGAUCCCAGGGCAAGAACGUUUUCUUCUCCCCGAUGAGUGUCACCCUUGCCCUGGCCUCGCUGUCCAUAGGUGCCAGGGGUCAGACCCACCAGCAGUUGUUCAGCGGCCUGGGCUUCAACAACACCCUUCUGACCCAGCAGGCGGUCGACGAGGCCUUCAAGACCAUCAUCACCGUCGCACGCAACGGCUCGUCCGGGGACAUGGGCAUCGGAGGGGCCCUGUUCAUCAAGGACGGCGUUGUUGUGAACCCCGAGUUCCUGGGGGCCUUGGAAGAGUUCUACCUCUCCGACAGUUUCAACAUAGACUUCACCAAGACCGCAACAGCCACGGACACGAUUAACACAUUUGUGGGGAAGAAAACAUACGGCAAGAUAGACAAGUUGGUCACGGACCUGGACCCAAGCACUGUCAUGUACCUUCUCAGCUACAUCUACCUCAAGGGAAAAUGGGAGGUUCCUUUUGACCCUAAGGAUACCAGAGAGGACGAUUUCCGCAUCAAUGACCAAUCAACAGUUAAGGUCCAGAUGAUGUUUGUGGAGAGUCAUUUUAGUUCCUAUUAUGACAGGGAGAUCUCCACCACUGUCCUCCGCCUUAAGUUCAACAACACCCACACCAUGAUCCUGGCACUGCCAGAGAAAGGCUUGGACACUCUGGAGGAGGUCAUAUGCAAGGACCAUGUCAGCAAGUGGCGCAAGUGGAUGCAGGCUAAGAGAUACAAAGUAGCUAUCCCCAAGUUCUCCAUCAAAACAUCCUACUCCCUCAAGGAUGUCCUGAGUGGUAUGGGAAUGGAGGAUAUGUUCACAGAUGUCGCUGACUUCAGUGGCAUUUCAGAGAGUCAGAAGAUGAAAGUAUCUGAGGUGGUGCACCAAGCCACCUUAGAUGUGGACGAGUUGGGGGCGACCGCUGCAGCAGCUACAGGAGUUGGCAUCGUCCCGUUGUCCUUAAAUCGCGCCCCUCUCCUGAAGUUUGACCGUCCUUUCAUGGUGCUGGUCGUUGACUCGGUGACUGACAGCAUUCUUUUCAUGGGCAAGAUUGUGGACCCUACCAAAUAAAUACACGAGUUAUGUGGCAUGGAAUUUGUAGCCUACUUUGUAUGAACAUGUGAUCGAUUGCUUCACAAUAAAAUGUUGACUGUU